CCUCUAGUAUCUGGCAGGCUUAGGUGAUGGGCACAGCUAUGGCGAGUGGGUAUCAGAUCAGUACAGUUCCCUAUAUCAUCUCAUACAGGUCUUAUCAUUUCCUGGUGUCUUCAUGUAAUUGGAGGCGUCCUGAUCCCGUCUGUGACAUGGAUGUAUAAUGAGAUCAUUACUGGAGAUGUCACUAAGGUAACAGGUCAUUUCAGCAAAAAGACAAGAUGGAUUAGGAGCCCUUAUACCUUGGGGCAUUACAGCCCCCGGCCCUUUAAAGAGCCUCCGAGGCGGACCACAUGAGGCAGAGCGGCGCCCGUCUACGGUGGAGAAUGGGCUUCCCGGAGAUGAAGGUCCUGGCUUCCUCCUCGUACGAUGCCAAGACGUUAAAGAAGCUGGGCCAGACCACCCUGCAGCACACCUCGGCCCACGGGAUCCCCAACAUCUUCCGCUCUUGCCACUGGUUCCGCCGCCUGGUCUGGUUGUUCUUUGUGAGUUUCGCCCUGUGCUGCGCCCUCUGGCAGUGCACCGAGAUGGUCAUGACCUACUACACCUACCCGUCCCAUGAGAAGAUCAUGCUCAUCUCCAGUACCAAGCUCAAGUUCCCGGCCGUCACCAUCUGCAACCUGAACAGCGUGCGGCUCUCGGCCAUCAAUCGCAGUUUCGCUAUGGUGACGUCCCUGCAGGACUCUGGUCUAGAACAGACGCACAGGAGAAAUCGCUCGCACGUCAACGCGUCGUCCGAAUAUCAAGACGAGAGCAUCCAGUACGCCAGCGCCUUCAACAGGUUCGCCUCGGAAUUUAACCAGUUAUCGGACGAGCAGAAGGUGGAGAUGGGGCACCAGCUGGACGACAUGCUGAUCUACUGCAACUUCCACGGUCAGGAAUGCAACGCCAGUUACUUCUCCACUUUUAUUAACUAUAAGUUUGGAAACUGUUAUACAUUCAACUCCCAGAAGCCGACAGAUUACCGGGGGAAUCCAUGGAGCACCCAGGCCCUCAAUAUCACCAAAGCAGGGUUCAUGUAUGGUCUGCACCUGGAGCUGUUCAUACAGCAGAUAGAAUAUGUCAGGGACAUGACGCACUCCGCCGGCAUCCGCCUCCUCAUUCACGAUCAGGCCCAGAUGCCGUUUCCCGAGGAUGAAGGUGUCAAUGUCCCACCCGGAGCUGAAACUGAUAUCGGCCUGAUGAAGGUUCACAUUGACCGGCUGAAAUCACCAUAUAUAAGCCAGUGCACCGAAGGGGAGGACAUCAAGAACUUCUAUAAGGACGUGUAUGGAGCUGGGUACACACGAGAGGCCUGUAAACGGACGUGUGCCCAGCAAAGCAUCAUCGACAACUGCGGUUGUUCCCACUGGGAGUUCGCUUAUCCAAAAGAGCUGGGGAACCCCAAGUGUAAUCUCAGCAACACCGCUGUCCGUGACUGCGUGAAGCUUUACGAAUUUAAAUUUGCACAUGAUGAGUUAAUCUGCCACUGCCCCCUACAGUGCAAAGAAGACAUUUAUGAGCUGACCGUGUCGGGAUCCCAGUGGCCGUCCAGCGCUUUUAUCGAAAAUUUCUCCAAGGACCUUAAAGAGUGGGGAGGCCAAAUGAAAGACGUAGCGGACAAUCCAUCACUUAUCAGGGAUAAUUUUGUGAAGGUCGUGGUUUAUUUCAAACAACUCAACUUUGAGCUGAUAGAAGAGGAACCAUCCAUGACGGUGAGGACCAAGGAAAUUAAUCUCCUCUCUAACAUGGGGGGCUUGGUCGGCCUGUGGGUGGGCUUCUCUGUCUGCACCCUGGCAGAGUUUUUUGAGUUGCUGUUGGACGUCAUUCUGCUUUUUAUUCGGAGGUGCAUCGAGACAGUGAACAAGGAGGGAUAUUCCAAUCCCUACAUUCAGAAGCCGAGCUCCAUCUACCUACAGAGGACCACCAAGCUGUGAACGGGGGCCGGCGGAUAAAGGACCUUGGAUAUGGGCACUCAGUGGGUUUGCAUUGAUCUCCCCUGUGCCCGGGUGUACACAUCUCACCUGCUGGCCUGUGCCAUGUAUGUAGUUAAAAGAGAAGGAUCAUGCCCGAAAACAUACCCCCUGUCUGCAGUAUAUCUGCGGUUGGACCCCCCGCGAUCUCCUGUACAGGGCUGCGGCUGUCCCCGAAACAGAGCGUCCCGAACCAACGCACGAAACGGCAG